AUGGCAUGUUCAGAUAUGUAUUAUUACAAGGAGAAGACAGCAGGAAUUGCAGCCUAUUAUAAAACACGAAGAUAUAACAGAUAUGUAAGGAAGCGAAGACCACAAGUGAAGCCUAGGAUCAAGUGGUGGAAACUUCAAGGGGAGAACCAACAAAAAAUUGUAAGAAAGAUGGAGGAUGUAGGAAUUUGGUCUGGUACCAUUGAUUUGGAUGUAGAUGCAAUGUGGAGUAAAAUGGAGCAUAACAUAAAGGAAGGGGUGAAAGAAAUCCUAGGAGAAUCCAAAGGAAGCAUGCCACCGAGUAAGGACACAUCUUGGUGGAAUGUAGAAGUGCAACAGGCGAUAAAGAACAAACGAGAUUGCUAUAAGAUGUUGGGGAUAUGCAGAAGUGAUGAAAAUUAUGAGAAGUAUAAAGAAGCUAGAAAAGAAGCGAAGAAAGUUAUAAGGGAGGCGAGAAUGAAAGUCAACCGAGACCUUUAUGCAAGCUUGGAUACAAAGGAAGGAGAAACAGGCAUCUAUAGGCUUACUCGUAUUAGAGAUCGGAAGACGUGGGAUAUUGGAAAGGUUAAAUGUGUGAAGGAUAUUGACCAAAGAGUUCUUGUUGGAGAUAAAGGAUAG